AUGCAUGUACACGCAGUGCUAGUCGUGCAAUGCCUUGGGGCUCUGGUCUCCGCCUCCUCGGAGAUCUCAUCAUCCAGAUCAAUCCGACAGUAUCUGCAUCCGUCGUCUCACGGAAUCGCAUGGAUCGAUUGCAGCUCCGAAAAUGAUACUCCGGGUUUGCAGUGCGCGAACAUCACGGUCCCUCUCGACUACCGUAAACCCAAUUCCGGUCGGCAUGCCACUCUCGGUCUCAUGCGGCGCCUUGUGAGGAACUCUAGCAAGAGGGUUGGUACUCUGUUCUUCAACCCUGGCGGUCCGGGUGCCAUUGCCUCCAACGAGCUCAUCGGCUCCGGCUCCGGCCUCAUGCCGUUCUCUGACGACCUGCGUGAUCAUUUCGACAUUGUUGCAAUGGAUCCGCGUGGUGUCGGCAUCAGCCAGCAGGUCCGCUGUGAUGCCUCCCUGUACAACACGGCCAUCCGCAUGAAUCCUUAUCCUGGCGAUCAAGUGGCAUUCGACCAGAUAUAUGACGCUUGGCAAGCUUUUGGACGAAGUUGCGCAGAUAUGACAGGAGAACUCCUGGCCAACGUGGACUCCGUGACUACCGCGCGAGAUUUCGACUUCGUACGAGCAGCGCUGGGAGAGGAAGAUUUCAAUUUUCUUGGUCUAUCAUACGGUGUUGUCCUCGGAGCAGCAUACGCCGAGCUCUUCCCCGAGCGAGUGCGUACUUUGGCGCUUGACGGAGCCGUCGACCGUACGCUAUCUCAGCCAUAUCUCGUACUGCAAGACAGCCAAAGUAACGAGGCUACUCUUGAGAAGUUUUUCCAAUGGUGCGACCGGAACACUGAUUGUGCCGUCCGUAAUACAUCAUUUCCGACGUCAAGUCUCUACCGGGAUCUCGCCUCGCGAGCGUCUCACCACCCACUGACUGCACUCUCCUGCCAAUCCCCAUCAUCGAACUGUUUUCGUACUGUCUCCGCGUCCGACAUCUAUCUCAGAACUCAGGUCUUGCUCAACGUUGCUGAACGACCUCGUAACUCUAAUCUAACACCAACAUCCUGGUUCGCUCUCGGCAAGGCUCUCCACGCGGCCUACUACAACAAUGACGCAUCCGCCUUCUCCUCCGACCAUUUCCGCUUCGACAACCAAACCGGCGCUCUCGGCUCCAUCGCCAUCUGGUGUCUCGACGUUGACCGUACCAUCACCACCUUCGAGCAACUGACCAACCUCCAGCAUCUUCUCAACUCCACCUCGCCCUACACCUCUGGUCAGACCGAAGCCUAUACGUAUAUGCUGCAAUGCAUGGCCUGGCCGCACCCAGUUGUCUACCCGGACAAUCGCUUCCAUUUCGACGCGCAGAAACUUCCACCUGCGUUGAUUGUGAAUGCCCUAUAUGAUCCGGAGGCGUCGUAUGCAUGGGCCGUCGGGGUUGCGAAUGCUAUGCCACAUUCCCGCUUGUUGACGAGAGACGGCGCAGGCCACACGAGCUAUUUGCUCGGUGGAGAGGCGAGAGACUUGACGGAUCGGUAUUUGAUCACGAAGGUGCUGCCGCCGCCAGGAACGGUUGUUCACUCUUGA